GAGGAAAUCCGGCCCAGGAAUACAGAAGAGGAAGGAGCCAGCUGCAUUGUGCUGAAGGCAAGGAGCGCAGCGCGAAAGCUUCCCUCUGCUGGAGAAGUGCACGCACCCAUCCCUGGGGGGCCCUGCGACACGACCGAGCACCGGACAGGCUGUCUGCCAGGCCCCGGGGUUGUGCUUUCAUGCUCCAGCAUCCACCCCCUUCUAGCGUAUGCAAGUGGGUCCGGAGGUUGCUAUGUUAAUGCUGCUUAUUCUUGGAGUAUUGCUUCAUGGUGUUUCGCUGAGUGGCCAAGAGGAGGCUUCUCCCAAGGCUGAAGGCAUUCCAGGCGAGCCUCUGUUUAACUAUGCCAGCAUCCGCUUGCCCCAGGAACACAUUCCCUUCUUUUUGCACAAUAAUAGGCACAUUGCCACGGUCUGUAAGAAAGACUCACAUUGUCCUUAUAAGAAACACUUGGAGAAUCUAAAAUACUGCUGGGGUUAUGAGAAGUCCUGCAAACCAGAGUUCAGGUUUGGCUACCCUCUUUGCACCUACGUGGACGUGGGAUGGACAGAUACCCUCGAAUCAGCCCAGGACAUAUUCUGGAAACAAGCUGACUUUGGAUAUGCGGGGGAGCGACUGGAGGAACUUCAUGUGCUCUGCCAGCCUCAGGAAGCGAAUGACUCAGGUCUGGUCUGUUCCCGUUACCUUCAGUACUGCAGAGCAGCCAAUCUCUAUCUCGAUUUGAGAAACAUCAAGAGAAACCAUGACAGAUUUAAGGAAGACUUUUUCCAGAGCGGCGAAAUUGGAGGACAUUGCACGCUUGACAUUCCUACGUUGAUGUCUCAAGGUCAGCGCAAAAGCCCUCUGCAGUCCUGGUUUGCUGAACUACAAAGCUAUACCCAGCUCUCCUUCCGACCCAUAGAAGAUGCUAAAUGUGAUGUUGUUAUUGAAAAACCAACCUACUUCAUGAAAUUGGAUGCAGGUGUUAACAUGUAUCACCACUUCUGUGAUUUUAUCAACCUCUAUAUUACUCAGCACGUUAACAAUUCCUUCAGUACGGAUGUGUACAUCGUGAUGUGGGACACCAGCUCCUAUGGCUAUGGUGACCUAUUCUCUGACACGUGGAGAGCAUUUACUGAUUAUGAUGUCAUACAUUUGAAAACUUAUGAUUCCAAAAGGGUGUGUUUUAAAGAAGCUAUUUUUUCCCUACUCCCCCGGAUGCGAUAUGGGCUGUUCUAUAAUACCCCUUUGAUAUCUGGCUGUCAAAACACGGGGUUAUUCAGGGCAUUUUCCCAGCACGUGCUGCACAGACUGAACAUCACCCAGGAGGGCCCCAAGGACGGAAAAAUCCGAGUCACCAUUCUUGCACGGAGCACAGAGUACCGGAAAAUACUAAACCAAAACGAGCUGGUAAAUGCACUGAAAACAGUAUCUACACUUGAGGUUCGGAUUGUGGAUUACAAGUAUAAGGAACUUGGGUUUUUAGAUCAGUUGAGGAUCAGUCAUAACACGGACAUAUUUAUUGGAAUGCACGGAGCUGGUCUUACCCAUUUACUGUUCCUUCCAGACUGGGCCGCUGUAUUUGAACUGUACAACUGCGGAGAUGAGCGCUGUUACUUGGACCUGGCCAGGCUGAGGGGGGUCCACUACCUCACUUGGCGAAGACAGAACAAGGUCUUUCCUCAGGAUAAGGGCCAUCACCCAACCCUUGGGGAACAUCCGAAGUUUACCAACUACUCUUUUGACGUAGAAGAGUUCAUGUACCUUGUCCUUCAGGCUGCCGACCACGUAGUACGACACCCGAAGUGGCCAUUUAAGAAAAAACAUGAUGAGCUAUAAAUGCGCCAAGUCUGUUUGCAAAAGUCUGUUUGUUUAAACGUUCCAGCACCCGGACUGCCACAGUUAAGUCAGUAAGACAACUUAACUCCUAACCCCAAAUUACCUUUUCUGGACCAAAUCAUGCCUUCAGGAUAUUACGUCUGUGUUUUAGAGUCUUCAACUGUUCCUGUGAUUUUUGUGUCAUAGCUAUUUAUCAAGAUACUAUUUUUGCACUGAAAACUUUACUUUUUAUAGUUCAAAAAUAAGGCAUGGGCUCGCCAGUGUAUUUGAGUUUCUUAGGUAUACCAAAGUUUUCAACUUUCUUGGCUUUAGAAUUUGUAAAUGUUUUUGCAGAAUACCAUAGGAUUAUAAUUCUUGAGGCGUCCACCGUGUUUGUGAUAUAUUUAAGUGAAUUCACAGCAGCUUUUUCUUAUUUGCCAAAAUCUGUUCAUAACACUUUGUGGUAGGAAAGGAAAACAACAUCACACACACACACACACACACACACACACACACACACACACACGGUGUUAGGAUUCUCAGUACCAGGCUCUAGGUAGCCCUCUCCCUGUCAGGGAUCAAACCAUGUUCUAACCAGGUCUGUUUUACACUUUCAGAAUCCAAACUAUCUCCCACAGAAUUCUCUGCUCUACGUUCUUAGUGAACUCCAGGUGAUGUGUAUGCACCAAGAACCUCAAUAAACUCUGCUGUUGCAUUAAUUUAUAUUCACAUACUUCACAUACAAAUCAUGUUUUCCCCAAAUGCAACAGCUACAUGGGAUAAAAACAGAAUAGAUUGUCCAUUAGGACUGCUUUGGAUACCUUCUAGGUGGUUUCCACUGCUUUCUUCUCGGCCCGGAGAGCAUUUAGGCUGUGUUUCUGUGUCACCUGGCGGUUCCCACGGUGCAGGUGCUCAUGACCUGCCUGAUGCUUCUCCCUCCUUUUGCCCGCGAGUGUUACCCCCGGAGUUUGCAGACUCCAGAUUAGCUCCCUGCAGAGACUUUUUCCCUGUGAAAAAUAAAGACCAAGGAAAAGUAAAGACACAUGUGAAUUCUCCAUUUCGAAAUGAAAAGGCAGCCCAUAAGAAAAGUGACAUUGAUUAAAAAGAAUAUCUGAAAUGCACUCCCACUCUGGGAUUAAUUUCUUCCUGUUGAUGAACUUUCAAUUCAGGGGUCGGAAACCAUGGAUUUAAUUUACUCCAAUAUGUGAAGUUUACAUUUUAUUAACACUUGAGAAAUCUAAUUUAGAGAUGAGCGAUGUCUAUUUUUUAAAACAGAGGAUCAUCAGGGCUGAAGAUUUAAUAAAAAACAUUUUGCAUUAUAAAAAAAAGUAUGCAACAGAAUAGUAACUUGAGAAACCCAAAAUAUUUUUAUAUGGACCUUUACAAAACAAGUUUGCUGGCCCUGCUUUAAAGGGUUAUGAACAGUCUUCUGGAGUUUAGGGAUAUUUAUUAAAAUCUCUGUAAAGAAAGUAGUGAAUGGCUGUAGUAAUACCUUUAGUUCCGAUGUUUGUGUGAAAAGAAUUACAACACAUGAAUAUUUAAGUGAGUGGAGUGGCUGUGCUUUGUGCAGGAUGGAGUCACUAUUCUUUUCACUCGAAAAGAAAUUUAAAGGCAGCAUUGCACUUUUCUUCAGAGCGGUGUAAACAUCUGAAAAAAGUAUCUGCAAAAAUGUCAACAUUGAUCUUACCUCAUUUUAAGAAGUGUGUAGAAAUGUAAUUCUACACACCAGCAAGAGUUCCAGAAAUUGAGGACAUUUUCAUAAUGCAACUAUUAUAUUUAAAUACUUUUCAUUUAUAGAGAGAAUGCUUUUAUAUAAAUAUGAGUACAUUUGAUACUUUAACGGAAUAACUUUUAUCAGACAUUUUAUAAUGGAGCAAAAGAUCUUCAAAUGGUUAUACAUUUAAAUGUAAAGAGUGCUUUUUAAAAUUAAGUAUUGAAAAGGGAUGCAUUUAUUUCAUUGUUUGUACAUUUUGGUUAUGGCUUUGAAAUAAAUCUUUUUAUAUUUUA